AUGGCACCGCGCCGAUCUCGCGCCAAGCGUCUUCACCUCCUUGGUGUAGAUCGGCGCCAUGUAGCGCAGCCCUCCCCGGCUAAUCGAGUGGCAGUGGCCUCGCCGGCAGUGCCGCCGCCCGGUGCGACCGCCCCUGCGGCGAAACCGCCAACGUGUGUGGAGCCCCCUCUCGCCGCGUGUGUGAAACCAGAGGCCACUUCGGCGGAGCCCGGAGCGACUGCUGCCGCUGAAACCCCGGCAGCGGCAGCACCUGAUUCCACACCUGCUUCGACUCUCCGUACAGUAGAGCACACUACAGAGGCGCAGGUUCUGGCUGACGUGAAGGCGGCUCCCGUAGCCACAAGUGCCUCUGCAGUGCCCGCUGGUAAAGCGCUGACAACAGCUGCUUCAGUGUCAGCAGUGCCAUCGGUACAGUCAGCACGAGCAGCCAUCAGUGCACACCGCAGACGACUGCGUGCUAAGCGACACGCGACGGCGGCUCUUGCGCGCAAAGCCAAGCACCACAGAAACAUUUCCGCACCGCAGCAGGCGAUCAGUUUCUCCAAGUUGUUUCAGCCGUCCGCUCCUGCACGGACUUCAGAGAUGGCGUCUACCGCAGCAGCGGGGGCGCCGGCAACUGAGGCUGCAGUUAAGCCGAUCUCGGUUGCAGCACAGCCAAACAUCACGCAAGCGAACUUCACCGCGUCAGAGCUAACGGAACCAACAGCUGCUACGGAGGUGGCGCCCCUUCCAGCACCAGCGCCGAUCACCAUUCCCCACCGCGCCACUAUCAGCCGCAUUCCGAAGAAACGGAAGUUCUUCGCAGAACUGGAUGACAGUGUGACCGCACCAGCAGCCGAAGCAACGCCACUCGCUUCCUCGAAAAGACAUCUUCUGACCUCUGACGCUGCAGUGGCCCCACGUGGCGCCGUCGAAGCGGGGACGGCGGCACUUCCGGCGCGCGAGGCUCCGCCUCUCGCUCCACCUGUGACGCCAGCAGCUGUGGUGGAAGAAGUGACCGAGAAGACCUCCGCCGUCGCUGAUGAUCUGCCUGCUCCGGCUGCUGCGCGUCGCAUGGCAACUCACCGCAUUUCAAAGAAGCCUGCGAGAGGGGCAACGGGAAACCCCACGAACAGCAGUGGCGCCCUUCUUCCUGCCGAAACUACACUUGAAGCAACGCUGGCAGCAGCAGCAGCCGUGACCAAAAAAGCACCUGUCUUCAAUGCAGCUACGCUCACCAUUCCCGAGACGUCCGCGGUUCCAACUCCACCCGUCGUGGGGGCGCCUUUGGUGGAGCUUCCGCAACGUUCUGCGCCCUCAUCCCCUCCACUCACGGCACCAGAGAUGACCUCUGCCGCCACCGUCGCAUCAAUGGGCCGUGCCACCAUGAGCCGCAUCUCGAAGAAAAGGAAGCGCUUCUUUGCAGAGCUGGACGACCCCCCAGCGAGCGACGCAACUCUGCCGAUUCAGGAGACCUUAACUGUGCCUGCAGAUCCGAGUGCUGCAGUGACUCUGAACGACACUGGCACCGCAGCUACGAUAGCGGUAGUGGAGCCGACGGCACCGACGGCACCGACGGUGGAGGCCGCGGCAGUCCCUCCAGCUGCGGCGGUAGCCGUGGCAGAGGCAGUGUUGGCAAAACCGACAGCCACGCAGGGAAUGGUGAGGCGUCGCAGCAGAAGACGGGGAAGGCUCCCGCCGCGGACCGCAGUGGAAGAGGCACUGACAGCUACAGAGAAGCUUCCUUCUGAGUCCACUGCGUCUACGCUUGCGACGCCAAUUGCUGAGGCGACGUUAGCUGCAGUGACGGAGUCUGUUCAGGGAGCCGAAGUCGCCGCUCCUGCAGAGUCCGCUGGCGAGACGGUCGCGACAACAGAGGCAGUUCCGCCCGUGGAGGCGGUCGCUCCUCCCGCUGCUGUGCGCAAGCGAGGUCACUCAAAGCCGCAGAGCUCAAAGGUGAAGCGCCUUACUGCCGCAGCGAUUCGGCGGCGCGAGCUGGCGGCGUACAACCGCAUCCCAAAGCGCUUCCGCCCUCCAGUGGCGCCACGACGGGUGUUUCCUACGCCAGCGACAGAGCAAGAGGGCGCGACCGCGCUGACAGAUGCCUCAGCUGCUACCUCCGUUGUGGAAGCAGUGGAAGUCACCGAGACACCGCAGCCGGCGGCGGUGAGCACAGCGCAGACGGAGUCGGUGAAGGCUGUACCGGAGAUGUGCACAGAGCGAAAGACAACGGCUGCGGUUGAGGCUAUCGCCGACCCACCCGCGGCCGAGGCUUCGCAGCCUCCACCAGGGGCAUCUACCGCUUGGGGAACCGCAGCGGUGGAACCGGCAGAAUGUCUCACAGAGACAACGAAGAGUACAGCCCUCCCCACAGCCUCAGUAGAGGAGCAACGCCUGGUGGGUCAUGGGCGUGGGGCACCUAAGAGCAGGAGGAUCCGCAUGACGCCGUCGCCCAAGAAGCGCUUCUUCACUGCCCUCGAGGAGGUGCCGACUGCCAACCUCGCCAGGGUGGAGGCGGCGGCGGUGGUCACAGAGACGACCGCCGCUGCGGGGGAAGUGCAACCUGCCGUUCCUCAGUCGCAUGCAGGUGUGGCGGCGAUCCACUCUUCGCUUCAAGUGGCAGGUGAUGACACGAUGGUGGAUGCCGAUUUAACUGCAGUGGCAGAGGAAACGGCAACACCGCAGCGCGCCCUGAACACCGGAAGCGAGGCUGCCUCUGCCACAGCAGCAGUGGAAGAGGCAUCCACCGAGGCGCCGCAGCCGAUGGCGGAGCAGCAGCCCACCGCGACCACCUCGGCGGAGGAGACUCCCUUUGAGGCGGUCGACGCCUUUUGUAUUGGGGACGCAGCGCCUGCCUCAGAGGCAGCCGCGGCGCACGCACAACCGCCCGCCCCUGCCCAGCGGAAGGUGAUCCGCUUCACAAAUGUGCGGGACAUGCUGAAGGCGAUUCGCAAGGCAAAGCAAGCAGGCAAGCGCGGGAGUGCAAAGAAGCGCCUUUAUGGGAAGUCGUCGUUGCCGCACCUCGCCACCACCGUCACGGAUGCGAUCGAUGAAGUUGUGAGUGCGGAGGCGUCGUCCUCGGCUGCCGAAGCGACUCCGUCUGCGGAGGAAGUCGGCGCAGAAAUCGGUGCACCACCACCGCACGAGGUGGAGGCGAUGACGGCUGUGGCGAAAACAGACGCUCCCGCAGCGACCGAGCAGCAGACGGUGGGAGAGGCCGCCCCAGCAGCGGAGGUCGAGGAGAUGAACGUCGAGGCGACGACGACGACGGCGACACCCGAGGUGACUGAGGCAUGCUCAACAGCACCUGUGAACAAGGAAGCAGUGCAGUCGCCAGAGACGCAGCCGUGUGCAGAAUUUCUAAUGUCACCAGCGCAAGCAGCAGUCGCGGCCCCCGCAGAGGACCUCCCGCCAGUUGCCUCCUCUUCCCCAUCUCCUGCGCGGCGCCAGGCGGCGAAGCAGAAGAUCAAGAAGCACGCAAAGCUUGCUGCAGCACGGCUAAACAAGCAUCAGACUUACACUGUGUCGGCCGCAAUUCCCUUGGCAACAGAUUACACCCCAGCAGAAACGAUGGACGCGCCGCUGGUGGAGGCAGUGCAUUCCGCUGCGGAGCCGUUCGCGCCUCCUGCAGAAGAGGCGUCUGCCGCAACACUUGUGCGCCACGCCGCGCUGAUGCUGCCAAGCGGCAGGGUGGUGAUGGAGUCGUUCACGGACGAUGAGAUGGUGCUUCGACGCACGACCCUUGAUGACAGCUGGGAUGUGGGGCUGCGAUUCGACUGGCAGGAGCGCACGCUGACCAUCUCGUCAUUCCCCACAUUUGAGGAGACCGACAAGCGGGCGGCUCACCCGUUUGUGCAGAGGUUCAAGUCGAGGCCACGGUGGCUGCUGAUGGAGGUGAACGAGGCGAGCGCGGCGCACAUGAAGAGGGCACUGGACUCCAUGAAUCGUAGCUUAACAGCACGCUUUGUCUUUCGCCAUUUGAGGUAA